UUUUUUUGGCAGCAUGGGGAAUCCUUGCUUAAUUUGAAAGGGCGAAUUGGCGGGGAUGGUGACCUGUCACCACGUGGACAGCACUACGCCCAGGCCCUGUCUGACUACAUCAAGUCGCAGAACAUUCCCAAUUUGCGCGUCUGGACAUCGUGGCUGAAACGCACAAUUCAGACAGCCUCAACCAUUGAUGCCCCUCAGGAACGCUGGAAGGCUCUCAAUGAGAUUGAUGCUGGCAUCUGCGAGGAGAUGACUUAUGAGGAGAUCCAGGAGCUGCAUCCCGAGGAGUUCGCCGCGCGGGACGAGGACAAAUUCCACUAUCGUUAUCCACGUGGCGAGUCCUACGAGGAUCUGGUCGGGCGUCUGGAACCAGUCAUCAUGGAAUUGGAACGACAGGAGAACGUGCUUGUCAUUGGACACCAAGCCGUUUUGCGCUGUUUGCUUGCAUACUUCCUGGAAAAAAGCGCAGAUGAGCUGCCCUACAUCAAGGUGCCUUUGCACACUGUCAUCAAGCUGAGUCCCGUCGCCUACGGUUGCCGCCUCGAGUUCAUCCCGCUCAACAUCGACGCCGUGGACACGCAUCGCGCCAAGCCUAUCGUAAGUCCUGUCGAACUCACGUCCAACGACGCUCGGGACGCCGUUCGCGACGGCGUGUCCGGAACGCUGGAAGAUCGGUUCCGCGGGUUAUUGGCUCGCGGCAACACUGAUGAGGACGACCCCGACGACGACCGAGACGAUGAUGGUGACGGUGAUGACGACGACUCGUCGGUGUUCGCGAAUGACGACGAUGGCGGCGCCGAAGGCGUCAUCGUGGCGUCCGUGGCGGACGCCACGACGACGACGACGACGAAUGAGACCCGACUCCUCGCGCAAACGGGGCGAAGCAGGAGCACAGAGGAGGCGUUGGAAACGGUGCCGCUUCAUUUCUGAAUUCUGAGACACACACACAAAAAAAAGGAGAAAAGAAAAUCAGUUUCUCUCUCAUCCGUACUUUCAUCCCUCCCUUAUCCCCCGGACGGACGAUAUCGAGCCAACGUGUCCAGCGGAACAUCCCUCCGGCAGGACAGAAAAUGAGUCGUCUCGUCGUAGUGGUUCCAUAUAUAUAUAUAUUUUGUUAUCCCGGAUUUUAAAAAAAAUACUGUAGUCAAAAAGGAGCGAGAUUAAAAAAAAAAAACAAGACCGCAGUAGAAAAAGAGCGUUGCAGACCUUUUUUUGUGGUUAUUUUUGUGUUCCUAAUGAGCGUUGACCCGUUUUCCGAAGCGCCUUCUCGCAAACUCCGUCAUCGUCGUUGCUGUUCAACUCUUCUGCUUGUGCUGCUGAUGGACAAUUAUGUUUACAUAAUUGUCCGUGUCCUACCUUUUUUAUAAAGCAAGUGCACAAAAGAGCGGGUGCACAAAAGAGCGGGCGCACAAAGGAGCGAAUGCACAAAGUAGCGACUACACAAAAGAGCGAGUGCUCACGUAGAUGAUAUUAAACAUAAUCAAGUUAAUCUCAAAUAACCAGACCUGAAAAAAUAUGCUUGAUUUGAUCUGCAGAAGGGAAAAUGAUCCAUCUCAUGCCUAAUAAACUCAACCUGUCCUAAUGAACAUGGCCUCCCCUUUCUAAGAAUAUCCUGAUUUACCUGACAUGCCCUAUUCAAGCCCAAUGUAACAUGUCAUCUUUAGCUUGGCCAACUUUAUCUCAGCCCAAAAUGAGCAAAAUAUAUUUUCUUAAUUUGACUUGACAUGUCCUGCGCCAAGGUAGCCCUACCUAACAUGAACCUGACAAGUAAACUUAACUUGUCCUAAUUAAUCUGACCAACCUGCACUAGGUAACCCUCAUGUACUUGUCCUGAUCAGGAACCUGGCCUGCCUAAUGCAAGCCUAACCUGAUUCAAACAGGCGAAUCUAUUAAUAUCCUGCCCUGCCUUACAUGCAGAACUAACCUGAUCUGAGGCAAAUAUGUGAGGAUAAGUUGUCUUAAAUUCUUGGCCCAAGCCUAAUAAAUAUUAAUGUAAUCUAUUGUGAUUUGCUUGACCUACUUCAUGCAAACAUGAAAUAAAUUUCCCUAAUUAAUCUGGCUUAAAAUUUGUAAGCCUAACCUUAUACCUAACUUAAUUCAAAUGAUAAAUCCUAAUCUGCUGUUGACCCUGCAUGUAAAGUAGGACACCAUGGCUUGUGCCUUAUUGUAGCCUAAUUUUGACCUAUUCUAAGUCAUUCUUGCAUGUUCUGCAUAAACCAAAAUUCAGCUAUAAUGUAAAUCUUAUGACUUUGGAGACUUGCUCUUUUGUUCAUUUGUUCUUGUGAGAUUUUUUGUGGUUGCACUGUGUUGAGCCUUGCUUUUUUGAUGUGCUACACUUGAUUCAUUUUCCAUGCCAUCAAUUUCUUAACUGUCUUCGUCUUCUCGUCCUUACUUUCGUCGGUGCUUUGAAGAAGAAAUGCCCGAUUGAAAUAAGAAAAUGUCCCAAUUUGACAAAUAUGAUGGGAGUAGGCGAUUUAUUGUUCCCUUUUGAGCAUUGCUUUUUGUCGCUUAUUUUUGAGUCACUGAUGCUUGAAAUAAUUUCCAUUACUGGAAAUUUCAGUUCAUGCUAGUUUUGUGUGUGUUUUCUUCGGUUCUUUUGUUUUUAAGGAAUGGGAUUUAUUGUUUAUUCAUUCAUUUUUGGGAUUGAGGAGCUUGUGUGAUAUCAGAGCUUGACAAGACGUUUGCAUUCAAGUUAUCAAGAGAUGGAUUUCCAAUGAUAAUACUCGUUCAACUUUUUUACUCGAGGGGCU